AUGCUCCAUUUGCGAAGCCCACAGAUGCUGCAGAUGUUGGAGAAGUCCUUAAGGAAACACCUUCCUGAGUCCUUAAAGGUUUAUGGGACUGUCUUCCAUAUGAACCAGGGAAACCCAUUCAAACUCAAAGCUCUGGUGGACAAGUGGCCUGAUUUUAAUACAGUGAUUGUCCGUCCUCAGGAGCAGGAGAUGGCAGAUGACCUUGAUCCCCAUACCAACACUUACCAGAUCUAUUCUAAGAAUCCUAAGAACUGUUUGGAAUUCCUUGGCACACCAGAGGCCAUCAACUGGAAACAACAUCUGCAGAUCCAAAGUUCACAGUCUAGCCUGAAUGAAGCUAUAAUGGGCCUUGCAGCUGCUAAGCUGGUCAAAGUCAAGAGAUCACAGUUCAUUCUCUACAUGAUGCCUCAGACAGCAAAGAAACUGGUUCCUUUCCUGAUGGAGAAUACAGAGAACUUCCAUAAUAAACCUGGCAGACCCCGGGCCAUCAACCAAGAGAUGUUUAAACUCUCAUCACUAGAUGUUACCCACGCUGCCUUGGUGGAUAAAUUCUGGCAUUUUGGUGGUAAUGAGAGGAGCCAGAGAUUCAUUGAGCGCUGUAUCCAGAUCUUUCCUAGCUCAUGUCUUCUGGGACCUGAAGGAACCCCUGUGUCUUGGGCUCUGAUGGACCAAACUGGAGAAAUGCGAAUGGCAGGCACUGUGCCUGAUUACCGGGCACAAGGUCUCAUCUCCCACAUCAUUCAUACUCAGACUUUAGUUAUGGAUGAACUUGGCUACCCAGUGUAUAAUCAUACAGACAGAGCCAACAAAAUUAUGCAGAAAAUGAGUCAUACUCUGCAACAUGUCCCUAUGCCCUGUGACUGGAAUCAGUGGAAUUGUGUACCUCUGUAACUCUGGUGCUGAACACUUGGCUGUGUUGGGUAGGCUGUAAUAAGCUGGAGGAGUGGAUGGUGGACAUAGAUAAAACACACAUUGUAAUGAACAAUAAAGGAAUGGGCAUUGCUUGGCCUCUUGGGAAGCAGUAUGAAUGGCCAACAGUAUACCAUAGUCCCUGCCCUCAUAAUAACUUUCAGAUCCAGCAGAUGUAGCAUGGCCAGACCUGUCCACUGAGCUACUGGCUUUGUUCAGUUUUCUAUACUCUGGAUGUCAUUGACACUUCUAUUCAGCUGCACAUUACUAUCCUCAUGUGGCUUAUUGCCCAUGAUCAGAUGUGUCAGGAUAUGGUGCUGACUUGUAAAUAGUGUAUGCUUUUCUCUCUCACUCUUCCUUUGUUUAGGAGUUAGAGUACGCCUCAUCAACAGGUACUUUGAAAUGAUUGCUUCACUGGUAGA